GUACAGCAUGCAUGGAUCUAGAUAUCGGCGGCUUCGCCGUAACAAUGAAAUUGUACUGCACCACACUGGCCCUUGACACUUAUAAAAGGCUAGCUAUGCUCCUCUGAUUCUGCACCUCUUCCGCGCCCUCACCAUUACUCGCCAUGCGAACCUCUACCAGACGCCAGUCCCCAGCUCCCGCAGAUCUUGUCACGUAUCGUUUUAAUAAUCAAAUGAUGUACGUGCCUCCGGCGGAGAACUUCGACCAAGCAGUCACAUUUGCCAGAUCAGCAUUUGAGGGCGACCUCACUGGGAUUGACAAAAGCCGGAUAUCCUUCUCGCUGAAUGUGCUGGCGAACGGGAAGCAGAGUUCUGUGGGGAUAAGCCGUGUGGCAUGGUCGACAACUAUGUCGCAUCUGGCACAAUAUGAGAUAAUAGACGUGCACGUCCAGCCAGAGCUCAGAGUACCCGGAAGUCCCGAACCCCCUCCGAGUUAUCGGUCUUGUGGCUCACCUAAGGACAGCGAGAAGGAGCAGCAUUCGUCAUCACAUUCAUCAUCACUUAUACACCGUCUCGUUCCAACUCGUCUGUUUCAGCGGCUGAGUCCCUGAACGUGGCAUGAUACCGGACACCUUUGGGCUUCCUGUUUCACUAUGUAGAGCUACCUUAACAUGCGGACUAUUAUGGAAAGCAAUGUCUCAUUGUAGUAAAUUGUGUCAAACACUCAUUGUAUUACAUUCAUUCAACAACGGUUAAAACGAUCUGGUGCUAUUGUUAUUUCUAUGUUACAUGUAUCACUGCUGUAUCGAUUCAGAUGAAUAUGAAUAAAGACGUGUAGUACUAUGCUCCCAUCACA